AUGCGCCCCGAAGAAAUAAUAAAGGAAUUUGGUGACCGUUUCACUAACAUUUUGAAUGAACUCUCACUCUUUGGAAAGACGUACGACAACAAAGAGACAAUCGUCAAAUCUCUAAGAGUGCUUCCUAGCGCUUGGGAUGUCAAAACCAUGGUGAUGAGAGAAUCAAGAGGUUUUCAUAAUAUGAAGUUGCAUGAUGUCUUUGAAGAUCUAAAAUCUUAUGAGUUCGAGAUGAACUCAAGAAAUGAAGAUGAGGCCUUACCUUCAACAACUACCAGAGCUUUGGUGACCUCCGUGGAACCGAUAGCUCUAGUACCUAUCAAGACAACCGAACAAUUCAGCGAUGAUGCAAUGGCUAUGCUUACAAGGAAGUUUGGAAAAUUCAUGAAGAAGAAUCAACCCAACAACUCCUAUAAAUACAACUAUUCAAACGGUAAUAAAGCUAACAUUCGUUGUUUUAAUUGUGAUGCUUUAGGUCACUACAGGUCAGAGUGCCGAAAGCCAAGAAGAGACGAUAGAAAGUCAACCGAUCAAAACCAAAGAGAAGAUCAUCAAUCAAAUAAUCAAAAUAAAGAGAUCCAAAAGGCAUUUCUAGAAGAUGACAGCGAAAGUAAGUGGACUCAAAGCGAUUCGGACAGUUACGAUGAAGGAAUCAGAUGUCUCAUGGCAAACGAGAAAGAGGUAUUUGACUUUGCCUCUAAGGAGUUCACCCAAGAAGAUCUGAUUACUACACUCAAUGACAUGGUCAUUGAGUAUAGGAAUCUGUCUAAUCUUUUACCAACCCAACUAAAUAAUCAAACUAGCAGAACAAUUGAACUAUCCUCUAAGAAUGAGAAGCUCAAGGAGACAAUUCAAUUGUUGACUGAAGAAAACGAAAGAAAACAAUAUUUGAUUGCUGCAUGGACAAAAUCUAGAGAUUAUGUGAGACAAAUGAAUAGUCAUCAAAGACCUCCUAACUACAAGUUCAUUCUAGGCUACGACAACAGAAGUCUAGAUAAGCCAUGCAAAGAGUUGAAACUUAGUAAAGACAAGCUUCCAUUUAUAACCUUUGUCAAGAGUACAUCAACUAACAGUGAAGCAUGUCAUGAUUCAAUUAAACCGACAAAAGAACUAAAGUAUGUGGGACCAACCGAUAAGUCACGAUGA